CGAUGUUCUCAGUAACUGUUCGGCUAUAGACGGGCGUAGUUAAAACCGAUUUCCCACCGGAGGAGGAGCGGAGUUCGUCGGCGAUGAUGACUCAGUCGUCUGUCACCCAAUAAUUGGCCACUAAUCCGCCGGAGUGUAGCAAAUAUUUGCAUAAUUAUCUGUGAAGUGCUAACCCAAUUGCGAAAAGGGCUAGGCGCCUGCCCAUCUCGAAUAUCGUUCGAUUGAAAAACCGGAAAAUCGAACUUAACAAGCGUCCUGUUCCAGCUAAUUACCGUGAACUUGUCAGCGAACACAAAACUGCUGUAAAAUGACCAAACUAAAGUAAUAAACCACUCCGAGAGUUAACGAGAAAUCCGAAUUACAAAAUCCAAGUGUGAAUAAUAAUGUCCAGGCUGGUCAAGAGAAUCCGGAGUAUGAUCAGUCCUAACAGCAAUCGGGAAAGGGAUCCAGAUAGGAAUCGAGAUCGUGAAGACUCCGCUUCGGUUUCUACGGUUGAGGGCGGGGUGGUGACUGGCCGGAAGUUUCAUUCACUGCCGCGACGGUACAGUCGUCACUCGACUGCCAGACGCUCGAAUAGCGGCCUCUGGAAUCGCCUCGUCACGAAUGUCUUUCGAACAGAAAGUGACGAUGAUUUCUAUGGUGGUUCCAUAUUCUAUACAGAUUCGGUUAAUGGUUCCAACUACGAAUUGUCCGGAGAAGGCGAAUACAUAAAGCAUCCUGUUCUGUACGAACUGAGUCACAAAUAUGGUUUCACAGAGAAUCUGCCCGAGAGCUGUAUGUCCAUACGGCUGGAGGAGAUCAAGGAGGCCAUACGGCGCGAGAUACGCAAGGAGCUGAAGAUCAAGGAGGGCGCCGAGAAGCUGCGCGAGGUGGCCAAGGAUCGUCGAUCCCUCAGCGAUGUGGCCGUUCUUGUCAAGAAGAGCAAAAGCAAACUGGCGGAGCUCAAGUCCGAGUUGCAGGAGCUCGAGAGCCAAAUCCUACUGACAUCGGCCAACACUGCCGUGAACAGCAAUGGCCAAGAAGCUAUUACUGCCAGCGUUGAUCCCAAUGGAGGCCUUUUGGUUGGCGGUGCUGUUGGGGGAUUGGGCGGCGGAAACAACGCUCUGGAGGGCGGUGUCCCGGCCACCGCCAACGACAAAGUUCUGGCCUCGCUGGAGAAGCAGCUGCAGAUCGAGAUGAAGGUCAAGACCGGAGCGGAGAACAUGAUCCAGUCGCUGGGCAUCGGAUGCGACAAGAAGCUCCUGGCCGAGGCCCACCAGAUGCUGGCCGAUUCGAAGGCCAAAAUCGAAUUCCUGCGUCUGCGCAUCAUCAAGGUGAAACAGAAUCGCGAACAGGCCGAUCGCAUGAAGGCCACGCGCCAAAUGGUCGAUGAGCAUGGCCAAACGGUGCCUGGAAAUAGCAGUAGCCAGCCCCAGAGUCUGGAGACAACGCUGGAGGAGCGGAUUGAGGAGCUGCGACAUCGGUUACGGAUCGAGGCAGCCGUCGUGGAUGGAGCCAAGAAUGUGAUCCGAACGCUUCAGACGGCGAACCGAGCUCCGGACAAGAAAGCGCUGCAGGAGGCCCAUGGACGCUUGUCGGAGUCAUCGAGGAAACUGGAUCUCUUGCGCUACUCGCUGGACCUUCGUCGCCAGGAGCUGCCCGCCGACUCUCCCGCCGCCCAGUUGCUGAAAACGGAGCUGCAGAUUGUCCAGCAAUCCACCUCCCCGGUCCCCGUUACCUACACCUCCCUGCAAUCCAGUCAUGGCGGUCUGCUGGGCGGCAAACCCUACCAGUCGGUGUCCUCGUUGGGCAGGUGUGCCAGUGUCACGGGCAAGCUGGAGGUGCGCCUCAUGGGCUGCCAGGAUCUGCUGGAGGAUGUGCCCGGUCGCUCGAGGAGGGACAAGGACAACAACUCCAGUCCAGGGGACUUGCGGAGCUUCGUCAAGGGCGUGACAUCGCGCAGCAGUUCGAAGAGCUAUUCGGUGAAGGACGAGACCUCCAUUGAGAUCAUGGCGGUCAUUAAGCUGGACAACAUCACCGUGGGACAGACAUCCUGGAAGCCGUGCUCGCAACAGGCCUGGGAUCAGCGCUUCUCCAUCGACCUAGACCGCUCCCGUGAGCUGGAGAUCGGAGUCUACUGGCGCGACUGGCGGUCCCUGUGCGCCGUGAAGGUUUUGCGCCUGGAGGAGUUCAUCGACGAUGUGCGUCACGGCAUGGCCUUGCAGCUGGAGCCGCAGGGUCUGCUCUUCGCCGAGAUCAAAUUCCUGAACCCGAUGAUAUCGCAGAAGCCGAAGCUGCGUCGCCAACGGAUGAUAUUUAAUCGGCAGCAGGCCAAGAACAUCUCCCGGGCCAAGCAGAUGAACAUCAAUGUGGCCACCUGGGGUCGUCUGCUCAAGCGCAAUGCCCCCAACCACGUGCACAUGGGUACCGGGAGCGUGGGUGCUCCUCCCGCCGGUGCAUCCCCCAUGGCGGCCAGCUUCACCCGGGAUUCGGACUCGCCGAUUUCGAGGACACCGUCGUCGGAUGCAUUGGUUGAACCGGAGCCGUAUACGCCCGGCGAGCAGGCCCAGAAUCUGGAGUUCGAUCCGGAUGCUGGCAUAAACGAGCAUGUGGAGACACCUGGCGAAUAUCCGGACCCCUCGGCCAGCGGCCUGAGCGGAGUGCGUCCCCUGUCCAUGCACAUGCAGGGCAUCAGCGUUCUCCCACCGGACUCACCUCCAGUUACCGCCGCGGGCGCUGCCGGCCGACCCGGAACCCUGAACCUACAGAUGCCGGGCGCCAGUAAAGGAGUCGCUAUCCAAGGCGGACGCACUGCCGCACCCACAACUGCUCCACCGCCACCGCCCGUGGUGAAGUCGUCGACCACGACGCCCGUUCUGGAUCAGGAGCUGCAGGAUGCCCUGCACGAAUUCGAUUUCCUCACCGACCUGGACUCGCGUCCCGCCACGUUGCGUCGCCUGCUGAAGGAUCAGCAGCCCAUGACGCUGGAUCCGGAGGCGCUGGAGAGCCUCCUGCUGCAACAGCAACUGAACGAACAGCAGGCCCUGCAGGAACGCCAGCGCCAGGAGCAGUUGCGCCUGCAGCAGUUCCAGGAGGCCCAGCGCCAGGCCAUCCUGCUGAUGUGCGAGAAACAUAGAGAGCCGGAGGAGCUGGAUCAGGAUCAGCAGUUGCCGCCAUACACCCUAACCGCCCCGCCGCCAAAGCCGCCCCUUUCGCUGCGCAUGCCAAGCUCAAGUCAAAGCCAAAGCCAAAGCCCAAACCACAACCCACAAUUUCAGUUGCAGCCGCCGCAGCAGCAGCAGCAUCAGCAUCAGCAGCCCAAGCUACAUCCCGCCCAGAAAUCCACGGAAUCCGAACCCCCAUCGGCUGUGGAACAGCAGCUGCACCGACCGGUUCUCACCCUGCCACCCGUGGUCCUCCUGGGCGGCAGAACGGAGGAGGAACGAUCGGUGCCGCCGUCACCGUUGGUGGAAUAUCCCGAGGACGAUGACGAGUAUCUGUACAGGGAUAACCAGAGCAGCCGGCUGCAUUCCAGUCACAGCUCCAGCGCCGGCGAUCGUUUCUGUGUGGAGGCCCGCAUUAGUCUUGUACAUAUCACCCUUGAACCGAUCAAUGCCAGCCGGACGACCAGUUGCCUGAUAGAGGAGGUGGCCGAGCCGGAUCUGCAGCCGGAGGUCAAGGCCGUGGCAGAGUCCCAACCGCCACAGAAAGUUUCUGAGGCUUAUGUCGAGAGCAUUGUGCUCGAGACGGUUGAGAAGUUAGAGUCAGAAGUGCCAGUCCAAGUGAAUCAGGUUAUACCGCAGCUGGGCAAGCUCUAUGUAGGUGGCGGCCAGCAACAGCAGCAGCAGUAUGUGCAGUCCUCGCCCAUCAUCCAGGAGCCACCCACUCCGACCAUUUAUGGGAAUAAUGCUACUUCAGGAGUACCCCAGUUCCCACAGCCCUCACAGCGACAGGAGAAGCAACAACAGCAGCAGCAGCAACCCAUCUAUGCCAACCAGUACGAGUUGAAUGUGGCCAAGGCGGCGGCAGCCGCUUCCGUUUACACGCCCGGCACCAAUGCCAACAGUCAGCAGCAACAGCAACAACAGCAGCGCCGUAAUGUUGCCCGUGGCCUGCAGUAUCGCGAAUCCGGCGGAAUCGAGGCCGGACGAGCUGGUAAGGCUCCCAAUGCCGGCAUGCUGUCGAUGGACAACUUCCGCUUGCUGAGUGUUUUGGGUCGUGGCCACUUUGGCAAGGUUAUAUUGUCGCAGUUGCGAACCAACAACCAGUACUAUGCCAUCAAGGCGCUCAAGAAGGGCGACAUUAUUGCCCGCGAUGAGGUGGAGUCCCUGCUCAGCGAGAAGCGCAUUUUCGAGGUGGCCAAUGCCAUGCGCCAUCCCUUCUUAGUCAACCUGUAUUCGUGCUUCCAAACCGAUCAACACGUUUGUUUUGUGAUGGAGUACGCCGCCGGUGGCGAUUUGAUGAUGCACAUCCAUACAGAUGUAUUCCUGGAGCCGCGUGCCGUUUUCUAUGCCGCCUGUGUGGUGUUGGGCCUGCAAUAUCUGCACGAGAACAAGAUUAUCUAUCGGGACCUGAAGCUGGACAACUUGCUGCUGGACACGGAGGGCUAUGUCAAGAUCGCCGACUUUGGCCUGUGCAAAGAGGGCAUGGGAUUCGGUGAUCGUACCGGCACUUUCUGUGGCACGCCAGAGUUCCUGGCUCCAGAAGUGCUCACGGAGACUUCGUACACUCGGGCUGUGGAUUGGUGGGGUCUGGGUGUGUUAAUUUUUGAGAUGUUGGUUGGGGAGUCACCUUUCCCCGGCGACGACGAAGAAGAGGUGUUCGAUUCAAUUGUCAACGACGAGGUUCGCUAUCCGCGCUUCCUUUCCCUAGAGGCCAUAGCCGUGAUGCGCAGGCUGCUGCGCAAGAACCCUGAACGACGUCUGGGAUCAUCGGAACGCGAUGCGGAGGAUGUCAAAAAGCAGGCCUUCUUCCGAUCGAUCGUCUGGGAUGAUUUGCUGCUCCGCAAAGUCAAGCCACCGUUUGUGCCCACAAUUAACCAUUUGGAAGAUGUCUCAAACUUUGAUGAGGAGUUCACGUCGGAGAAGGCCCAGCUAACGCCACCGAAGGAGCCGCGCCACCUUUCCGAGGACGAGCAGGUGCUCUUCCAGGACUUUUCAUACACGGCCGAAUGGUGUUAGGCACAUGUUGUUGUUGUUGGCACGGAGCGGGCCUAGCCCGCCCGGAAUGAUACUAUUGCCUUUUGCUUUUAAAUGUGUACGAAGUUGGUUUCGAGUAAUUUUAUUUGGUUUAAUCGAUGUGAGUUUAAUAUUUAUACGAGAGAUCAUGCAGAUACAGGACAUAUAUAUUUAUGAAUUAUAUCUAUAUAAAAAUAUAUCUAUUUAUGAGAGUACUUUUGAGUGUUGCUCACGUGAACCAAAUUACCUAGUUGCCCACUUUGUGGCAGAGCUGACGCAUUUGUCUAAUCACCAGCCCAACCUAUUGCCCAUUGAGUAUCCAUUGUCCACAUCAUUGUCGCAUCAUUGUACAGUCGAGUCGUUUCUUUAAUUUCGUUUUCUCAAUACGAAAACACAUUGAAUAGUCUGAAAACCCUUAGGAAAGCCUUAUACGCAAAGUUGUAGUUUUUUGGAAUGUUUUAGGACCGGAUCUAAAUAGAUAAUAUAUGUAUACACUGGUUUUCUGCCCCGCGGUUAACCGCCCGCAACAUAUUUUCGUAAUCAGCAUACAAGAACAAAUUCGAGGAUAUAUUUUAUACAUCUAUACAUACAUUGCAUGCACAUCCCAGGAAACGAGCUCAUCGUCUAUACACAUAUAUAUAUAUUUAAAUCUAGAGAACGGAAGAGAAAGGAUAUAAAAAGGGAUCAUAUUUAAAUAUUUACAGUUCUAACAUGUAAGCUCUGUAAAUUGCCUUGCGCUUUUUAUCAACUCCCUAGCCCAUUGCCCGAGUUGUGUUAUAAUUUUACAUAUUUUUUAAAUCAUAUACAAACAAAAAGGAAACAAAACACACACACGAAAACAUUUGUUAUUUAUUAUUAUUAUAUUAUUACACCUACCUAUUAUACAAGAAACUGUAUUGCUUUGAGCAUUUUUAUUCGAUGAUCGAUUAAAAGAUUGUAAAUGAUUUGUUUGCAUGUGCGCGGUAUGCUUUAAACCCAGAUCGAGGAAGAAAAUUUGAAAGACCGCUCAAGAGGAUCUAUUUUGGUGGCAUGCAACCGAAUCGUUGUACCCUUAAGAUCUACGCUAUAUAUUUAAUGUAAUUUUUUAGUUUUAUUUAAGUUUUGUAAUAAUCGAUUAUUGAAACGUAGUCCUAAGCUAUCAUUAUGUGAAGAUAAUUAUUGAUAAUUACGAUUAUGAUAACGAUUGUGCACCCUCAAGCGAAUCGAAAGGAUUAUAUAAACAAAGCAGA